CCAAACUCACUCACCCUCUCUCUCUCUCUCUCUCUUCCUUUUCCUUUUCUUCUCCCGCUCAUCCAUCAGCAAAGCCCUAGCUACUGGAAUCGAACUCAUCGAUCUGUCUCUCACGCAAAUCCAAUUCAGAGAGACCUCACCCUCUUCGGAACAAGACGAGGAUUUAGGGCUCAGUUCCUCCAUUAAGGGCGAAAGCUGACAUCAAAUCUACAAUUCCGAUUGUGCCCUCGAUGUGCAGCCCAUUCUUUCUGUAGUGUCUAUUAUCCUUGACGCAUUUACUGGAGUCUUGAAGGGAAAAUAAAAAGGUUCAGUAGUUUAGAGGUUUAGCCCAUCCCAUUGCUCCAGGCGAGCCUAAAAUAAGUACCCAGAACCAGAAAAUGGCAGGGGAAGAUGAGGACUUGCCCAGAGACGCCAAGAUUGUGAAGACGCUGCUAAAAUCGAUGGGUGUGGAGGAGUAUGAACCUCGUGUUAUUCACCAAUUCUUGGAGCUGUGGUAUCGAUAUGUUGUUGAUGUGCUCAGUGAUGCACAGGUCUACUCCGAACAUGCUGGUAAAGCCGCAAUUGAUUGUGACGAUGUCAAGCUUGCUAUUCAGAGCAAGGUUAAUUUUAGCUUUUCACAACCCCCGCCAAGAGAGGUUUUACUGGAGUUGGCUAGAAACAGAAACAAAAUCCCACUACCGAAAUCAAUUGCCGGGCCUGGAGUGGCAUUGCCGCCUGAACAAGACACAUUGAUCAGCCCGAACUAUCAACUGGCAAUCCCAAAGAAACAACCAACCCAAGCAGUGGAAGAAAUGGAGGAGGAUGAAGAGCCUUCUGAACCAAAGCCACCCCAAGAACCGAAGCCCUCUGAUGUGCCGCAGAACACUCCCCAAAGGGUAUCCUUCCCCCUCACUAAACGCACAAAGUGAGGAUCUAGCUGAUGGGAAGAAACAGUGGUUCAUCUUAGUGCAGAGGUGUGAGAUGUAGUAAUUGUGUUUGCUUACAACAAAAUGCUGAUUUGUAUUAGAUAUGUAUACUUGUAAAAGAAUGUUCUGCAAUACUUUCGAUUUUCAGUUAUUUGAACGCUUAUAACAUAAGAUAAUUGCUAAACAGAUGUUCUGCAGUUGACU